UUUAUAAAAUCAGAUAAUUUAAUAAAUUACCAAUUAUUGAAGAUGUUUCGCGAUAUAAAAUCAGUAAACGCGCCUCAAAAUAGGACUUUAUCAGUUUCAAAAUCGAGUGACAAAGAAAACUCUGAAUCAGUUGCCCUUCAGCAAAGAAAAUCACUUGGAGCAAUACCCAAGCAGUUUAAUCAAACUUCUGUUAAAAAAGCGCGUCCGCGAUUAGUCAGCAUCGAAAAUAUAACUGAAAAAUUUCGUAUAAAAAAUUUUGUAGCAACUCAGGAUGUGGAAAAUUUCUCUCCUACGCUAGAAGCAGCCGGAAUAUUUCAAGAUUCGCGUUUCACCGUAUACAAUGUUGAAAAAGGAACUACGGUAAUAAGAAGCAAGCUAGAGAAGAAAUUCAAACCAACUGCCGUGAAAAAUGAUUUAAAAGUUGAAUUUGAUGACAAAAAACUUGAAGACAAAACUGGUGAUUUGGUUGGAGUUAGAAGCGAGAAGAAGAGUCCCAAGUUUUCAUUGCCGAAGAUAGUUCAGAUCAAAGAACCAGAUACUAUUUUCCCGGAGGUUUUCGAUGAAGGAGAUUUGGCUGCAGGUUACAGCUUUCAGAAAACUCCCGCGAAAUUCCCGCCGAAAGUCGAUGAUUUGUCGCAAAAAAGUAAGUUCAAGGUUGUUAAACACUUUUUCUCCGAUGUCCAGCAGAACGGAAGUUCUGAAAAAGUCAAGAAAGUUUUGAAACGGCGCAUGUCUGGAAAAAUGUUGGAAAAUCUGGCGCAUUUUGAAGUUGAUGGUGAAAAGGGAGUGAAGAAUACGGUGAAAAGUACUGUUGUUAUUUUGCCCGUCAAGCGAAUCCAGGAAUUAAAGGAUCAGGAUAAAAAACUAAAAGAAACUCCAGAGGAUACCAAGGGAUUUUUGCCACCUCUGCAGAAUGUAUGCAAUCCUUUUUUCUACGGUAAGGAUUCCAUAGAAUACGUCAAAGACCAUCUUAAAUUUUUCGAGGAAAAAGAAUGUAAUCGUCAAUCAAUUUCGUCCCCUACCCGGCGAUUAAACAUUUCAUCGACUCAACGCCAGAUCCUUGUAAAAAAUUUGAUAAAUAUCAACAAACAGUUUAAUUAUCCAGGAUUCCUUACCUACAAUGCAGUUCGCCUAUUGGAUGAUGUAUUGUCACUUUCGCCAAAUGUUCCAGUGGAAAUGUUACAGUUAAUUCAACUCACUUCGCUGUGGAUCGUAUUGAAAAAAGAUCACAUUUUUCAUCGUGUUCCUCUGAGUGAGAACAUAGCUCAGUUGUCAAGUAGAGCAUAUAGUAAAAAUGAGAUUGUUCAAUGUGAGCGUCAAAUUUUAAAACUCCUAAAUUUUGAAAUAUCUUAUACGGAUGUAGCAUCAACAAUCGAUGUCUCGUUGUUCGAUGAGGAGUUAAUGAAAGAGUCUGCAAUGUUACUGGCAUCGACAAUCGCCGAAUUGUCAGUAGUGAUGAAUAUCUUCCCGGAAAAGGAUAGAGUACGUGUUCGCUCCUUGAUCAUACGCCAAAUAUUGAAGUCCUUCGAGCCAGGCACCACGGAACAUAUUGUUUACUUGAAGUACAAGAGGUCUCGUUACGGGGCAGUAUCAAAAUUCAUAAUCUUGAAAUUAGAGAACUUAGUAUGA